UUCACCGAGAGCCACUGACGCGGAAGCGAGGCGAAAAAAAGGUCCUGCAGGAAUGCUGAAAGCUGUCAUCUUAAUUGGGGGCCCCCAGAAGGGUACCCGUUUUCGCCCGUUAUCCUUCGAGGUUCCCAAACCUCUGUUUCCAGUGGCCGGUGUCCCUAUGUUACAGCACCAUAUCGAAGCAUGUAGUAAGGUGCCAAAUCUCAAGGAGAUUUUGCUGAUUGGCUUCUAUCAGCCAAACGAGGCCCUCAGCCGGUUCCUUCUUACAGCCCAGCAGGAGUUUAAAGUCGCAAUAAGAUACCUGCAAGAGUUUUCAGCCCUAGGCACAGGUGGGGGGAUUUAUCAUUUCCGCGAUCAGAUCCUCUCUGGGGGGCCGCAAGCUUUCUUUGUGAUGAAUGCCGAUGUGUGCUCAGAGUUCCCGCUGCUCCAGAUGCUCGACUUCCAGAGAGCUCAUGAAGAAACGCACAGCUACAUCAUGCUGGGGACGGCGGCAAACCGGAAGCAGUCACUGAAUUACGGCUGCAUUGUCGCCAAGGCUGACACUCAGGAGGUUCUUCACUAUGUAGAGAAGCCAGGAACCUUCGUGAGCGACAUCAUUAACUGCGGGAUCUACCUCUUUUCGCCAUCGAUCUUCCAGCACAUCGCCGAGGUUUUCCAGCGGAACCAGCAAGAGCUGCAGCUCGAGGAGAACUCGAGCUGGCAGCGGACGGAGGUCAUUCGGCUGGAGCAGGACGUGUUCACGGCUUUGGCAGGACGCGGCCGGCUUUACGUGUACAAAACAGAUGGGUUCUGGAGCCAGAUUAAAUCAGCAGGGUCGGCAAUUUACGCCAGCCGCCUGUACCUAACCCAGUACCACACGACGCACCCGGAGCGGCUCGCUGUGACCAAGGACGGUGGUCCCACGAUCCUAGGAAAUGUAUAUAUUCAUCCUACAGCCAAAGUGGAUCCUUCUGCAGUGUUGGGGCCGAACGUUUCCAUAGGUAUGGGAGUAAUUAUCGGAGCCGGGGUGAGAGUAAGAGAGUCAAUCAUUCUGCAUGGAGCCAUCCUACAGGAUCACAGCUGUGUGUUAAACACCAUUGUCGGAUGGGACAGCAGCAUCGGACGCUGGGCUCGAGUGGAGGGGACUCCAAGUGACCCCAAUCCUAAUGACCCCUAUGCCAAGAUAGACAGUGAGACCUUGUUCCGAGAGGGGAAGCUGACCCCAUCUAUAACAAUUCUAGGAUGUAACGUGUCAAUACCUGCCGAGGUUGUUAUAUUAAACUCCAUCGUCCUCCCGCACAAAGAACUGAGCCGCAGUUUCAAGAAUCAGAUAAUUCUGUAGAGUGGGAACCGCUCUGUGCUUCAGGGAAAAAAAGCAAUCGCUCCGGGCCAACCGUCCACAAAUGCCACAAAUGGCAGAAAAGUACAUGGAGUUGUACAUUUGUGACACGUCCCACCUUUCAGGCACGAAGGACAGGAAUACUUGGACGAUCGAUUACUCGCAUUUAACUUAAACAUGACUAGCUGUGUGUAUAUAUAUAUAUUAACCUGAUGGGUAAUCUCGCCACUUUAAUAAAGUCAGAUGCACAAAAUAAGCCGGUCACA